GGUGACCUCGCUGGGAUUUCCCAUUCCCAAACCUGACCUGAUCACCCGGCUGGAACGAGGGGAAGAGCCGUGGGUGCCCGAUCUCCAGGCUGCUAAGGAAAGAGAGAUCCUGAGAGGCGCCCACACAGGUGCUGAGCGAGGGAGUGAGAAUGAGGAGGGGAAUCAUCAUAAGGAAAUUCCUGGGGAAGUGGAACCACAGGGGAACUUUAUGGGAAGAGCUGAAGGGAAUUUAUCCCAGUGCUUGGAACACGGAGAAGCCUGGGGAAAUUGGCACAGGUCAGAGAGGCUGCUGGGAAACUACCCAAGGGAGCAAGUAGGUGAAUCUAUUAAAUGUAGGGGAGGAGACAAGGAUCCCAAAGCCCAGCAGACAAACCCCAGGGAAGAGAAACCCUACCACUGCCUCAAAUGUGGGAAAGGAUUCAUUGUGAGACCACACCUUCUUACACUUCAGACAAUCCAUACUGGAGAGAAACCACUUCAAUUCUUGGACCAUGGGGAAAGCUUCAAUAACUGCUCAGAUCUUAAUUACAAUGGGAGAAGCCACAUAGGAGAGAAACCCUAUCAAUGCCUCGAGUGCGGGAACUGUUUGAAUCGGAAGUCAGCACUGAUUACACAUCAGAUAAACCACACGGGAGAGAGACCCCAUAUGUGCUUGGAUUGUGGAAAAAGUUUCAUUCGGAGGUCAGACCUUGUUAGACAUCAGGCAAUCCACACAGGAGAGAGACCCCAUAAAUGCUUAGACUGUGGGAAAAGUUUCAUACGGAGGUCAGACCUUGCUAAACAUCAGGCAAUCCACACUGGAGAGAGAUCCCAUAUGUGCUUGGACUGUGGGAAAAGUUUCACGCGGAGUUCAUCCCUUCUUCAACAUCAGGGAAUCCACAGAGGAGAGAACCCCCAUAAGUGCUUAGACUGUGGAAAAAGUUUCAUAUGGAGGUCAGACCUUGUUAAACAUCAGGUAUUCCACAGAGGAGAGAGACUCCAUGAGUGCCUGGACUGUGGGAAAAGUUUCAUUCAGAGAUCAGAUCUUGUUAAACAUCAGACAAUCCACACAGGAGAGAGACCCCAUAAGUGCCUGAACUGUGGGAAAAGUUUCAUACGGAGGGCUGACCUUGUUAAACAUGAGGCAAUCCAUACAGGAGAGAGACCCUAUAAGUGCUUGGACUGUGCAAAGAGUUUCAUAUGGAGGUCAGACCUUGUUAAUCAUCGGGCAACCCACACAGGAGAGAGACCCCAUAAGUGCUUGGACUGUGGGAAAAGUUUCAUACGGAGAUCAGCCCUUGUUAAUCAUCAGGCAACCCACACUGGAGAGAGACCCCAUAAGUGCUUGGACUGUGGAAAAAGUUUUGUUCGGAGGUCUGACCUUGUUAAACAUCAGUCAUUCCACACAGGAGAGAGACCCCAUAAGUGCCUGGACUGUGGGAAAGGUUUCAUACAGAGGUCAGAUCUUAUUAAACAUCAGGCAAUCCACACAGGAGAGAGACCCCAUAAGUGCCUGGAUUGUGGGAAAAGUUUCACACGGAGAUCAGCUUUAGUUAAUCAUCAGGCAAUCCACACAGGAGAGAGGCCCCAUAAGUGCUUGGACUGUGGGAAAAGUUUCAUAGAGAGAUCACAACUCACUAAACAUGAGAGAAUCCACACAGGAUCUAAACUUCUGUGACCCAUGGCCAGAAAGGGUUAAGAAAUUUUCAGGCUAAUUGACCCAGAUUCAUCCUUUAGAGACAUGUUCGAAAAGUGUGUAAAUGGAAAUUAGGGCCAUUCCCCGUUGGAUAGACUAGAACUUUGAAAUGUAAACUUUUAUUGUUAAAGAACUGGAAGAAGAUAACUAUAGUAGUCUAUGUUUUACCUAUAUCUUGUUAGAGUUUAACAUUGUAACCAAACGGUUCCUGUCUAGGGCUGUAUUCUGUUAAUUUAGAGAUCAAAAGGAAACUUAAUGUCAUUGUCUCUUUUAUAUUUUUGGUAAACUCUGUCUGAACUGCUUUAUGAGUAAAUGUCUUAUGUUAAUGCCUUUAAUUAAUUACCGGUGCUGUUUAGGAAAUAGAAAGUUACGUCAACAGCCUAUUGGUCACCCAAGGACUGCGUGCUGACUAGAGGCUGCAAAAAUCUCUAGAAAAACUCUUGCAACGUGAUCCUUUUCUCUCAGAUCUUUGUUAGUUUUAUUCGUGGGGAGUUUGAGUCAUUAGACUGAGCUCUCCAGUCCCAUCUGCACCACCCUGAUAUUGGACAUUGGACUAUAACAGGGGUUCUCAAACUGGGGGUCUAGACCCCUCAGGGGG